AUGCUGAGUCACCUUGAGAGGUUCAUGGGUCACUUAAGUGGUGCCGGCACACAGCUGCUGCAGGAGUGGCGGGACCUAGGGGUGCUCAGCCUGGCCGUGUGUGACCAAGACGCCCAAGAGGUUCUGGCCGCCAUCAGCGCCGUCCACGUGUCAUUGCCUCGGCUACACAUCCUCUGCCUACACGUCCCCGUGGGUGCCGUGAGGACACAGGCGUGCACCACACGGCUGCCUGGCUGCCCAGGGGUGUUCCUCGUGUUGUCUGGCGUGGACGAGAGGCUGCUGGAGGAGGCGGCCCAGAUAGCACAGCUCCUGCAGCCCACACAGCGCCCACUGGCAGCGGGGAUGGGUCGGAGUGUGAGCCGUGUGAGCGACUCAUCAAAAGCUACCCCAUCUGGUUCCUGCCUGACUUACAGCGAUCCGGCGCCGUUCACCUCCUGCAGGGCAAGGACGAAGGGGUAGGUGGCGUCACUUGUCCGUAUCCGGUUGUGUCGAGUUGAUAGAUGGAGGAAUUGAGUUUUUGAGGCAUUGAACAAUACCAAGUUUGCUCUGCCCCAAUC